CCAUAUCUAUCUUCAGGUUUUACGUGAAGAAAUCUCAAACACAUGAUAUCUGGUCGGAAAGAUUUUCCGCCUAUCGGGAGCUCAGAAAAAUGGUUGUUAUAUGAUUUUUGUUGGGUGUAAACAAACAUUUUGGAUCAUUACAAAGGGCUAGCGCUUGAACCUCCCAAGCAACCUGGAAUACCAUUGACCACCUUCCUAUACACAGAUCGAUAUUACGGUUUUUAAUCAGUUUGACAUGGAAUAUGAGCUUUUUUUUCCUUAUUAUAAUGCAGCAGACUGUGAUACAGAUAAAGGUAUGGGCAACGCUUCCAAGCUCGUUCACGUUCUACGUUACCGCCAGCCUUUGCAAUGGUAGGUGAAAGGUUCUUUGGAGCAUUCAGAUAUUCAUCAACUAUUCAUGCAGAAUGGGUAUAGGUAGUGAACAAUUUAUAUUCCCAUUGAUUCCAAGUUUUACAGUACAUAAUAACAGGCUAUGCCAGCGUGCGGGAGCAUGAAGUCUAGACAUAGAUGCCCCGUCCAACUCUUCUCUUUAUAACCACAAGGUUGCCUUGUUUUGUUCAAUGUUGUCGAAGGUUUUUUGCAUCGUACAGUUUUGAAAACUCAGCCGAGGAAGAAAUUUAUUCUACUCUGUUGCGUAGAUAUGCCGAAAAAUCCGACUCAUAUCACGGAAGAGGAAUUCAUGCUAAAUUCGUCAAAGGUUCUCUUCCCUUUUCUCUUUUCCUCCGUAAUCACUUGCUCAAUAUGUAUGUCAAAUGCGGUGAUCUGGUCAAUGGUCUCCUACUGUUUGAGGAAAUGCCCGAAAAGAAUGUCGUGUCGUGGUCAGCUGUCAUUGCGGGUCUCGUUCAACAUGGCUGUCCUAAAGAAGCUCUUUCUUUGUUUUGCCGUAUGCACCGUGAUGGAACGACGAAGCCCAAUGAGUUCACCCUCGUCAGCACACUCCAAGCAUGCUCCUUAGUGGAGAAUUUGGCGCAGGCAUAUCAACUUUAUUCGUUCGUUGUUCGCUUGGGAUUUGAGUCAAACAUUUUCUUGCUGAAUGCAUUCCUGACAGCUUUGAUAAGACAUGGUGAAUUGCCAGGGGCUCUGGAAGUCUUUGAGAAUUGUAGAACUAAGGAUAUUGUGUCUUGGAAUGCCAUGUUGGCUGGGUUUUUGCAGUUCUCUUAUGUAGACGUGCCCAAAUUUUGGUAUCGAAUGAUUUGUGAAGGUGUGAAGCCUGAUAGCUUCACAUUUGCCAGUGUUCUUACCGGGUUGGCUGCCCUUUGUGACUUUAAAUUGGGAUUGCAGGUUCAUGCUCAGCUUGUCAGAUAUGGUUAUGGUGCCGAGAUUUGUGUGGGGAACUCUUUGGCAGAUAUGUAUAUAAAAAAUCAGAAGUUGGUUGAAGGGUUUAAAGCAUUUGACGAUAUGCCAGUGAGGGAUGUGUGCUCAUGGACUCAGAUGGCCGCCGGAUGCCUGCAGUGUGGAGAACCAAGUAAAGCACUUGAGAUCGUUGGAGAGAUGAAGAAGAUGGGUGUAAAACUGAACAAGUUUACCCUUGCGACUGCCUUGAAUGCCUGUGCCAAUUUGGCUUCAUUGGAGGAAGGGAAGAAAGUUCAUGGCUUGAGAAUCAAGCUUGGAACUGACAUUGAUGUCUGUGUAGAUAAUGCUUUACUAGAUAUGUAUGCAAAAUGUGGGUGUGUAGACAACGCAUGGACAGUUUUCCAAUCCAUGAAUGAUCAUUCUAUUGUCUCAUGGACGACCAUGAUCAUGGCAUGUGCAAUAAACGGCCAAGCUAGGAAAGCUCUCGAGAUUUACGAUGAGAUGAGGCUGAAGGAUAUCCAUCCAAAUUACAUAACCUUCAUUUGUGUGCUUUAUGCAUGUGGCCAAGGAGGGUUUAUCAAUGAAGGGUGGGAGUUAUUCUCCUCCAUGACCCGUGAUUAUGGAAUCCUUCCUGUAGAAGAUCACUAUGCAUGUAUGGUAAAUCUUCUAGGUCGAGCUGGACGUAUCAAAGAAGCUGAGGAAUUCAUCUUAAGAAUGCCAUCCCAACCAGGUGUGCUAGUUUGGAAAACUUUGCUCGGUGCUUGUCAUGUAUAUGGUGAUAUGGAAAUUGGGAAGCGUGCGGCAGAGCAUGUAUUACAUCUGGACGGAAAAGAUCCAUCAACCUAUGUAGUGUUAUCCAACUUGUUUGCUGGCUUGAGCAAUUGGGAUGGUGUAGGGAUGCUGAGAGAAUUAAUGGAAGCUAGGGAUGUGAAGAAAAUGCCUGCAUCUAGUUGGAUUGAAAUUGAAAAGAACCAUUCCUUACUUCCAAAACUUGAAGGAUUUAUGUAAGGGAAGAACACACAAAUUUUCCCUGUUCUUGCGCUUUGGUUCUUUUGAAUUGUAUGGCCAAAAGUUCAAGCAUGGGGGAGGACUUGCAGUUCCUCUGCAGUUUUUUUAUUA